AAAAAGGGUACAUCAAUAUACUUUCGUGCACCGCCUUCGUGUUGUGCACUGUUCCAUCUGCCUCCACCCACCCACCCCCGCUUUAUUACCCCACCCCACCCCACCCCACUCCCACCCUCCCCACUUUUAAUACCCACCCUCACUCUCCUUUCCAAUUUUCCAAAAGUCCGCCAUUUUUUUUGGUCUUUUUUCAAUUUCUAGGGUUAGGGUUUUUGAAUGUUUUGAACAAUUUAAAGGUUGUUUUUAGCUCUGCAGGUCAACUUAUGUGCUGAAUCUGCUCUCCAAUUGAUUCAGGGUACUGAGGCAAACCUGCAGAUCACCAGUCCGCUGCUUCAGAACUUUCAAGCUAUGUAUAAUGAAGGAGUCCCAGAGUUUGUUGUUGAUCAGGGAUUAUAUUAUCCACCUGCCACCAAUUAUGGUUAUUUCUGUACAGGAUUAGAAUCGCCCGGUGAUUGGGAUGGCCACCAAGGAUUUUUUGGUCUGGAUGGUCAAGAUGUUCAGUAUAUGGAUGGUCAAAAUGAAAGUUACCCGUAUGUAUAUUAUACACCUAACUAUGGAUGUGCACAGUCUUCAUAUAACCCAUACAACCCUUACAUUCCCGGUGCUGUAGUAGGAGUUGAUGGUCCAUGUGCAGGGCAACAACAUUACUACACAAUCCCCCCUUACGAAAACUUGGGAUCAUCAUCGUACUUUCCCAUGACAGUACCAUCUACAUCUGGUAUUCCUGCGAGUGCUGCAGACCCGAUAAUGGAUGGUGUUCUAUCUUCUACUAAUAGAGCUGAUGGUCUUCGUCUUAAACGUAAUUUAUCCCCAACAUCUCCAAUCUUUACCCCAACAUCAUUAGGGCCAGCUUCAGGUUAUAGAAUUGCAUCUAACAGGGGAUCUGAAAAUGCAAAGGUCAAUGCUGCAUCGAGCAAGCAGCAUGUGUCACAUGGUUUUUCCAGUCAAUCCUCUCAAGUACACCCGGGUAAAGUUGCUCAAGCUAUAGGAAGCAUUAUUCAUGGGAAGGCUUUGUCUAAUCACGGUCAGCUGAGGGCUCCUCUGCCAUCUGAAAUUGACUUGUCUAAUCUCAGAUCAGGUGCUCAUGAGCGUGCUAAUACAGAUAAAGUCAGGCCAAAGUUUCUUAAUGGAAUAACCCCAAGUGAUGGGAAGGUUAGUCCUGAUACAUUGUCAGAACAGAAUCGAGGACCUAGAAUUGACAAAAUGAAAAAGCAACUGGUUGUGAAGGCCUACACUACAAGGGCAGGAAAUGUUGAUGUGCAAGGCAAUAUAGUUAUUCAUGCUGAGGAGUAUAAUAGAGGUGAUUUUCUGAUGGACUUCGUGAAUGCCAAGUUUUUUGUGAUCAAAUCGUACAGUGAGGAUGAUGUGCACAAGAGUAUAAAGUACAAUGUUUGGUCAUCAACCCCUAACGGGAAUAAGAAGCUGAAUAGUGCUUAUGAAGAUGCUCAGAGAAUUGCUGCUGGAAAUCCAAGAGGGUGCCCAAUAUUCCUUUUUUUCUCGGUUAAUGCAAGUGGCCAGUUUUGUGGUGUCGCUGAAAUGACUGGUCCUGUGGACUUCUACAAGGAUAUGGAUUUUUGGCAGCAAGAUAAGUGGAGUGGUAGCUUCCCUGUGAAGUGGCACUUCAUAAAGGAUGUCCCAAACCCUAAUUUUAGGCAUAUUAUAUUAGAGAACAAUGAGAACAAGCCAGUAACUAACAGCAGAGACACACAAGAGAUACGCUACAAGAAAGGCAUUGAGAUGCUGAAAGUAUUCAAGGAUUAUGCAUCGAGGACAUCAUUACUAGAUGACUUCAUGUACUAUGAAAACAGACAGAAAGUCUUGCAGGAAGAGAAAUCCAAGCUGCUAAUCAGGAGCUACGAUAGCCCAUUUCAUGUUCCUGUACUAGAUCCUCCGCGCAAGCUAAAUUCAUCUUCUGGUUUACCUUCUGGUGAAUGUGAGAAGAUCUCAAAGUGUAGUGAACACCAACAAUCUAGAAAUGGCAAGGCUGUUCCUGCAGAACCGGAUCCUAUAGAUUCUAAAGCUAACAAAGGAAAUUGCAAGGCUGUUCCUGCAGAACCGGAUCCCAUAGAUUCUAAAGCUAACAAAGAGAACACAAGUAAUGGUGACAAACUUGUGGCUGAAGAAGGUCCACACAUUAAUAGUGCAUUGAAGAUUGGUUCCUUAACUAUCAACCCAAAACCAUCGAAAGAUCAGCCCCUGGAUGUACAUACUGUAGGUAACAACACAGAAGCCACCACCCAGUCGGUUGAUGUCGUCACCGUGGGAUCUAUGCCUGUUAAAGUUAAUGGACGAGCUGAAUCUUCUGGUUUCCUAACGAUUGGAACCAUUCCGCUUGAUCCUAGAGCUUUCCAGCGCGAUGAGGCCAGUGGGUCUGGAAAAACAAUCCUCAAGUGAGUAUGCAUGACCUCAGUAAGUUGGGAUACUGGAGGAAAAAUUUAGUUCGCUAUCGUAUAAUAUACUUGGGCCUACCAAAGUUGAUCGGAUAAUAAGUUUCCUUGGGUAAUGUUAUGUUCUGCAUCCUCCUUUCGAGGAGAAUAUGGUUGAGGUACUAAUUUUUAGUUUGUGGUUGGGUUGGGGUUCGGAUGAUGGCUGAUAUUACUUCAAAUACAGUGCAAGUUUCUUCCUUUUGGCUUCCUUUUUUCAACAGAUUCAAGGUUUCCAUAUCUUUUCUUCAGCAUUAAGAUAAAAAGAAAAAAGCAAAGUGCUCACUUUUGGUAUUCUUUAGUCGUUGUAUCGUUGACUCUUUAAGACAAAUGUAAUGUUCGCGGCCUGGCCUUGUUGAAAUGGAAGUUUAGACCUUUGCUUGAUGUUUA